CGAAAACGAGAAGGUCAAACUCUUUGCACUGUAAUUGAAAUGUUCCCAGGUUGAUUCUCAGCAGAGCAUGGACGAAUUCUCACGCGCAAUUGUCCUCCACCAUUUGCUCAUGUGAUAGGUUUGCCUCUCCGGCCCAUCCGACAGACUUCUUAUCUCUCCCGUUCCCUCUAGACUACAGCCAUGAAUUCUUAAGUGUUCUCGUACUCUACGACCCCUGUUGGAACCUUGUAUUGUUAUCAUGCCCUGGGCUAUGAACCCCAUAUUCGGAUCCAAAAGCGUACCGGGCAACGCUGUGGUCGACGUUGAAAUUGCCCAAGCCGACGACAGGAGUGGUGGCGGGAGCGCGAGCCCCGAGCCUAAAGACGGCCACAGCCCGAAACUCCGCCCACCGAGCGACCGCCUUUCCCGUCAUCAGAUCUUCUAUAUCUUCGGCGUCAACGGAGUAGGGGCCGCCAUCGUAGCUGGAGGCAUAAAUUUCGCUAUAGCUUAUGCGUUGUACCAUGAUAAAGACACCCUUACAAGCCCUAUUCGGCUAUUCCAGUUCCCCAACACUCUUGCCGGCGAUACCGCCGUCACUAUCUUCAUUCAAUUUCUCACAACUUGGGUUAUACAGAGCUUACUUGUGAACUUCGACUUGAGAAAAGGUGGUGUUCAGCCGAUUGGUUUUCUUAAGGAGCCCAGAUGGCAGUAUCUACGGUGGUUCAUGUUUCUGGACCGGCAAGAGCAGACAUUAAAGGUUAGAAGCUUCACACACUGGCUCAUUUUCCUCGUGUCACAAGCCAUCAGAGGUCUUAUCCUGGCCGUCAUUUUCUUCCCAGUCAUAUUUGGCGUAUCCGUUGGCUUGCUUACGCUGGUCGGGGCAUAUGAGGACGGCGACUGGUAUUUUUCGCCAAUGUGGGCACCACAGAUCUUCAAGCUUGUCCAGGGGGCGUUGCUUGGGCUGUUGUUCACGCCGCCCAUGGCCGCUUUCUGGCUUGUGAGGUGCGGCUGGGCUCAGCAGAAUAGAGAAGGGCAGUCAAGUAGGUGAUAGUGAGCAUGUAAGGCUAUUAUUAAUAUGCAUUAGACGUCAAUAAUUAA